UUGACGCGUUCAAAAAUUCUUAUUCUUUUAUAGCUACUAAUGAUAGCGAUCGUGCAAUCGGAGAUGUAUUUAGACACCAGCGACGCUGAGAAGAAUUUGGACGCCGUAAUAAUACUAACUUGCGGCUAUUUGGCAGUGUCAAAGAUCCUGCAGUUUCGUAUUCGUCCUGCUGGCCUUAUCUCAAAUUUUACCUCGGCGGUUAAGGAUUAUAACGAAUUGAACGACCAAGAAAAACGAGCGAUAGUACGAAGACACGCUUACAUGGGCAGAGUGGCAGGUAUCAGUGUGGUACUUUUCUCACAUUUCAGCGCAACCCUCUUCACGGCUUUGCCAAUGCUGGCUGGGGAGCAAGUGAAGGAUAUAGUUAACGUAACUGAAGAAAGUAUACCGGAAUACCCUAUGCCUUCCGAAAAAGUAAUAGCACUGGUAAAAAUACCGGAUAAUUUCUACCUCAUUGUUUUUAUCGUAGAGUACUUGAUGUUGCUAUCAACGAGUAAUGGAAAUAUAGGUAAUGAAUCGUCCUGUCAUACGAAUUGCUCAUUGUCAGGAGCCAUGCCAAUCAAUUCCACAAUUUAA